AUGGCGCGGCGGCUGGAACCAGCACUCGGCCCGACCCAGCUCCCCCUCCGCCAACCGCAGUCUCUACUGCGACGGCUGCGGCGGCCGCGACUUCUACCUCCGACGACGACGGCUACUACUAACUGGCACCCAGUGCGGGUCCCCAGUCCCAAGACCUCAUCCACACCCAGACCGCCGACGAGGACCUCCUCGCCGACGGCGCCCUCUACAACAUACGCCACCCGCACCCUCCUCUCGCAGGAAUUGAUCGAACACUUGGCGGGCGCCCGGCGGCAAAGCAAGAAAAUGAGGAUUGCUUCAGGGUUUAGGUAUGUGAGGGUGCAGGUGAUGGUGCAGAGGCAGUGCGAGGUUUUGGUGGAGAGGUUUGGGGUGAGUGCUUUGUUGUUGGGAUGUGGGGCCCGUUUGGUUGAAGGUAUGUGGCGGCGAGGAGGGUGCUUGCGGAUGAUUGGCCGAGAAGGCGAUUGUCCUUUGGCUGCAGAAAAACCCAAAAAGUUUAAGCGCAUUCGACCCAAGUAUAGAUCAGAACCCCACAAUGCAUAUGGUCAGAGAGCCAUAUUUAUAUGGCUCCAUUCUUUGCGAAGAACGGUGCCUUUGUAUUCUACAUUGGCUAUUUCUUUUUUAGUUUGCCACAUUGCAAGAGAGCCAAUCCUACCGACGGACAUCUUGAAAUGGGCGUCAGAGGGAAAACUCCCUUUUCUUGCUGCCUUCACUGAAAUGGAUCGACGCCUUGAAAAGCCUUCAAGUCCUUGCCCCUUGAGUUCAAGGGCUUUGUUCAGACCUAUACAAUUUAUUGGAGCAGAACAACUAGAAGCAACAGCUGCUUCUAUAGCUCAAGCUAUUGGUUUACGCCUUCCUUCUGUGAAUUUCUAUGCAAUUGCUCAUCGGUAUCUCAAUGAGCUUUCCCUUCCGGUAGAGAAGAUUCUUCCUCAUGCAUGUCGUAUUUAUGAAUGGUCACUCCCUGCGGACUUGUGGUUGUUGAGUAAGGUCUCAGGAUUUCCAACUCGUGCUUGUGUAAUGUCAAUUUUAAUUGUGGCCAUGAGAUUGUUAUAUAAUAUACAAGGCCAAGGUAUGUGGGAGAUGAGUCACUCUAAAGUUAGAAAUUCUCCUCCAGAUGAUCAGAAACCCGAAAAGAAAUUGUUACAUGUUCAAGCUUCGGACUACAGUUGUCAGGAGUUAUUUAGCAUUCUUGAAACCACAUAUGAUAAGAUCAACACAACUCGUGGUAACUAGUUUUUGCUUAGUUUUGUUUUAGUGUUUAUCAAUUAUUUUCUAUAACUUAGUUAUUGGUGUAGAUAUACAAAGUGUUAAAUGUUGAGUUGUAAGUUUGUAACCUUUAGGUAGUGUUGAAUAUCAAUGAAAUUUUCUAGUUUAUUUAUGCAUAUGAGUUACGGCUCUACCCAAAAUUCAGCCAUGGUUAGAAACAA